GAGAGAGUAAGGGUAUGUCUAUGCCUAAUCUAUCGUCCAAUGUCUUAAUGUCGAAUAUCUUGAGCUGGAAACUUCGGUUUCGUUCUUUCUCUCUCUUUCUCUCUCAGAUCUCUUAGGGUUUUCACUUUCACCGUUUCUGCUACUUCCGAUCUUCCACCAUCUUCGCCUGAAGAUAUUGCUAGCUAGGGUUUUGGAGUAGUGGAAUAGACGGAUUACGAUUAAGGAUUCUGUUUUGUCUUUAUGGAUAAGGACAAAUCUCUAGGUCACGGUGGAGGUUUGCCACCUCCCUCGGCACGUUAUUCGGGUUACUCACCUUCCGGAACUGCGUUCAGUGUGAAAUCUGAGCCGCCGUCGUCGUCGACGUCGUCGUAUCUGCCACUGGCUCCGGGAAUUUCCACACCGGAGUCUAGUGCGUUUAGUCAUGAUAUUAGCAGAAUGCCCGAUAAUCCUCCGAGAAAUAGAGGUCACAGGCGUGCUCAUUCCGAGAUUCUUACCCUUCCGGAUGAUAUUAGCUUUGACAGUGACCUUGGUGUGGUUGGAGGUGCCGAUGGGCCUUCCUUCUCCGACGAAGCCGAGGAGGACUUGUUGUCUAUGUACCUUGAUAUGGAUAAGUUCAAUUCGUCGUCGGCGACGUCCACGUUUCAAAUGGGCGAACCGUCUGGUGCAGUGGGAGCGUCGGGUUCGGCAUCGGGGGCACCCACCUCUUCUGCAGAGAAUAGUGCUGUUGGAACUCUUGAACGGCCCAGAGUUAGACACCAGCAUAGUCAAUCCAUGGAUGGAUCAACUACCAUCAAGCCUGAGCUGCUGGUUUCUGGUUCGGAAGACUUGUCUGCGGCGGAUUCCAAAAAAGCAAUGUCAGCUGCUAAGCUUGCUGAGCUUGCCUUGAUUGACCCCAAACGUGCGAAAAGGAUAUGGGCAAAUAGACAGUCUGCUGCGAGAUCAAAAGAGAGGAAGAUGCGGUACAUUGCUGAGCUUGAAAGGAAGGUACAAACGUUGCAAACGGAAGCAACAUCUUUGUCUGCACAAUUAAGUCUCUUGCAGAGGGAUACAAAUGGCUUGAAUUCUGAGAACAGUGAACUGAAGCUGCGGUUACAAACCAUGGAGCAACAAGUUCACUUGCAAGAUGCACUAAAUGACGCAUUAAAAGAGGAAAUUCAGCAUUUGAAAAUACUGACUGGACAAGCUAUGCCACCUAAUGGAGGAGGACCUAUGCUGAACUUUGCCUCUUUUGGAGGGGGGCAGCAAUUCUAUCCCAAUAAUCAUGCCAUGCACACCCUUUUAGCUGCACAGCAGUUUCAACAACUCCAAAUUCAUCCUCAGAAGCAGCAUCAAUUUCAGCAGCUUCAACAACAAAUGUUGCAACAGCAGCAGCAACAACAACAGAGGGAACAGCAGCACCAACAAUCAAGCGACAUGAAAAUGAGAGAAGCUUCACCUACGCCAUGUCCUCCCAAAGAUAAUGCGUUGUCAGAUGUAAAUCCUUCAGGAGCUAAGGACUGUUGAAAAUUUGGACUGUUCAUUGCCUUGUUUGUUGUGUUACCUUGGUAGAUUUCCCUGCGUCUUGUGUCCUAGUGUAUUAGAUAAUGACCUGUCAUUUUUUCAUUCUUAAAACAGUACAAAUGGUCCUAGUUAGAGAUUGAGAAUAAUGCGUUUGCAUAUUUGCUGUUAUGUAACACUAAAAUUCAUUGAUAGUAGGUUAAUUUCUAUGGAUAUACAGGGUUAGGUAAGGUUCAUGUGGUCCAGUCUGCUGUCAGUUCCUUUUGCCUACAGCUACAUCAAAAUAGGCUAACUUUUGUUUGUUGAGAAA